GAGAAGAGCUCUCAUUCUCAUAACCAUGUUCCCAGAUUCAAUUUGUCUAAAAUUAAAACCGGCAUUUAACGUAAAUGGAUAUAAAACUUUUUACUAGACCUAAUUAUUGAUUAAAACGCAUUUACAAAAGACAUAUUACACAUCAAAAUCACGAUGUCAAAUGAUAAGACAGGACAUGAUUGUGGUCACAGUGUGGUUGACCCUGGUUGUGAUUUGUGAAGUAAGAUAAAUAAAAAAAAAAAAAAAAAAAAAAAAAAAAAAAAAAAAAAAAAAAAAGAAGACGCUGAAAAUAUCACUUGUUGACUUAGUCUUAGGCUUUAGUUCAGUGCCGCUUUAGGCUACUAAUCUGACGACUGAAAAUGAAUUCACUAACAUCAGUCACAUAUCAUGAUUGUAGUUGUGAUUGUCUAACUAUAUUAACCGGUCAUAUCAUAAUAGUAGUCAUAUUAAUUAUUAUUGGCCAACCAAUUAAUAUUAUUAAUUUUAAUAUUUUUAGUUGAAAUGAACACGCAUUACAUGCGUUAAUAUUGCGUUUUAUUAUAAUUAUAAGUCUAGUCUACAUAAUGAAAAAUUGGGGUAAUUUAUAUUACCAUAAGUAUAAGUUCCACCCUGGGCAUUAAUAUCCCUUCGCCCUCUGUAGGUAUGCCACAAGUGAUAUCUACUCCCAUAGGUCCAAGUUUCAACACUUAAAAUUAAAAUUAUAAUAAUAAUGAGCCAAACCAUUUGUGAUACAUCCAUCCCUGUCUCGCUACAGCCCAUGUAGGGCUUUGACCUCCCUCACCACUUCCUUCCACUCAGACCUAACUGUUUUAACUGAUGCUUUUCUUUUGCAUGCUUGGAUUCCUAGCUGCUGUAGAUCUUUUUCCAUAUCAUUCAUCCAUCUAAGGCAGUCUAAGCCUUUGAGUCGUUUUCCUCUGGAGUAUUUGUGGUGCACCCUCUUCACUCCUUUGUCAUUUGGUAUUCCUUAUAAUCUUAUAAGUGUCCAGCCCAGCAUAGCCUGCCCUUUUUCAUUUCUGCUACUAGUUACUACUAGCCUGUGAUCCUGAUAUAGUCUAUACAAUUCCUGGUUGGUUUGUAUUCUCCAUUCAUAUUCAUCCUUUGUUCCGGCGAACUAUUCUCUCCCAUGUGUUUAAUAGGUUAUCUGCCAUUUUUGUUAGGAUCCAAGUUUCACUUGUGUAUGUUACAACUGUUCUGAUUACAGUUUUAUUUAUAGUUUUUUUGUAAUUUUCUUACUUUUGAGUAUUUUGUGACUAAUGAGGUAUGCUCUAUUCCUGGUCGAUAUUCUUCUUUAUGUCUGUCAGUAAUUCAUUACUUUCAUUUAUUAGUGAUCCUAGGUAUUUGAAUUGAUUUACUUUUUCAAACGUGUGGUUUUUAAUUUUAAUGGUUUCAUCAGCCUGUUCUCCUCUUAACAUAGUGAUGAAUUUUGUUUUUUUGGUUGUUGAUUUCCCGCUCUGCUCGUAGUGAUGCAUCUUCUAAUUCAAUAAAAAGCUUUUGAUAUGUCUUUACUACUUUUCCCUAACAGUGCUAUCAUGCAUAUGCCAAACACUGAAUUGUUGGUUGUAGAGUGCCUAUUGGUUGUGGGUCUUGGGAUUUCCCUCAGAAAGUAUCCUGUUAUUGUUCCUCGGGUGUCAGUAUGUAAGGUUCUUAUAACUCUCUCUAAUGUUGGGUUAAAUAACACACAAGACAGUGAGUCUCCUUUGUCUUAGCCCUCGUCCAAUCUGAAAAUUCCCUUGAAUAUUCUCCAUGAACCUAGAUUUUGCUUUUUGCGCUGUUUAAUGUUACAUGUAUCAGUAUUGUCAGUUUUUUGGGUGUGCCAAAAUAUUUUCUUUUGAUGCUGUCAUAGGCCAUUUUAUAUUCCUCAUAGAUUUGAUGUACUGGGAUUCGUAACAUUUCUGUAAUAGGCAUCUGAUCAGUAGUUGAUCUGUUUUAUCCUAUUCCACAUUGGUAGUGACCAAUGUUUCCUUUAAGCUGCACAGACGACGCGCAGCAGUUUUGAGUAUCCGCGCACCAAAUUUCCAUGUAAGUUUAUGUUUGUGGGCUGUAAAAUUUUGCACACAAAAAAAUUGAUGCUGUAAAACUUUGCACACAACUGUAUGAUUUUGCACACUUACCAACAAACCUUAGAAGGAACAUUGGUAGUCACCUAUUAUUUGUUCAGGGAAAAGUUGUAGUCUUUUAGAAAUUAGUUUUUUCAGUAUUUGGUAUGUUACAUUUAAUUGGGAAAUUCCUCUGUAGUUUGUGCAUUAAAGUUUGGAGCAUUUCUUGUGUCAUAUUGUUUUUCUCUUUGAUUUAAACUUUUGUAUAUUAUGCUUAAUCUCUGCUUAUAUUUAACCCUUAAAAGUAGUUGUCAGUGUCUGCAUUUGCUUCUCAAUAGCUUUUUAUGUCUAGUAUGUCUGACCCAGGCCACCAAUCAAUUUGAACAUGGUCAAUUUGGUUGUGAGUUAUUCCAUUGGUGAUUUCCAAUUAACUUUAUGUAUAUUUUUGUGUGGAAACUUGGUGCUGCUGUCAUCCUUUUUCCUGAAGCAAAGUCUAUGAUACCAUUGUCAUUGGAUUCUUCAUAUAGAUUUUGCCAAUAGUUGGCAUUAAAACUUUUUUUUACCUAUUUUUACAUUAAAGUCGGCAAUCACUAUUUCACUUAUGACUUAUUUAUAUCAUAUGCUUUCCCCAAUGAGCGCUUCAUGUUGUGGAGCCUCAUCAAAGAUCUUUUCCAGGAACUCAUAAAAGGAUUCUUUUAUCUGAUCUUCUGUAUCUUCGGUGGGAGCAUGAACAUUUAUAAAUGUUAUAUUAGACACUAUUCCUCCCACACACAAAGAGCACAAUCUUUCAUUCUCUGGUUUAAAACCUAUGACUGCGCAGAUGGCUUCUUUCUGUACAUCAGAUCCUGUUCCAAGAGCUUUAAUGUUGUUGCCACUAUAAAAUAUGGUGUAGUCUUGUGUCUCGAGGAUGUCUGCAUCAUCCCAUCGAAUUUCUUGCAAUGCAGCAAUAGAGAUUUUAUAUUUUAAUUGAUCCAUUAGGUUGGCUAAAGCUACUACACCAAACAGGCUUAGUACGUUCCAAGUCGCAAUCCAAAAUCAUGCCAUAUUCAGGCAUAGGUCAAUUUCCAUGAGAAUCAGUCCGGAUUUAAUUAUGUUGUUUUGCUUUCGUAAUGUUUAUUUUUUUACAUGGCCUGAUUGUUAGCUCUGCGCAUAACCAUCUGGGGGGCUGCCCCUUACAGCUCUCUAUGUAACUGCCUUAAUUUUGGGUAAGGCUCCCUAGCCUUUGUGGAUCCUGCCAUGUCCUACAUGGCAAUAGGUUCUGAUUUUGGUCCACCCGGGUAUUUUAUAUACCCAGUACCUACCAUAUCAGGUGGGCUUUCACCUAUCCGUACCUGAGGAGGCACUCAUUGUAAGAUCAUUAUCAACUCACGAGAAAUAUGUGAUAUAAUAUAUAAUAUAUUAUAUUAUUAAUCAAUAUUACUAUUAGGUCCAGUUUUAGAUAAAAUUUAAACUGAACUGUCUAUUGUGGAAGUCUAACACUAACAUACAUAUUUAAAAUUGAUUCUUUCUAUUUUUUACAGCUUUAGGUUCAUAGGUGAUAUGAGCCAUAGAAAUGGUUAUGAUAGUAUAAUAUGUAUAACUGGCUAGCCCUACAUAAAUUCUGACCUAGCAUAAACGAGCCAAAAUAAAAUAUUUUUUAAAAAGUGUAAAGAGAGACUCUAAGUCUAAGAAAAUGAAAUUUUACCUGCAGAACAUAUGUGAAAUCUACUCAAUGUUUUGAAUAUGAGUUGGCCUAUUCUACUGAACAUUAACUAGCACAAAAGAUAUCAAUGUGCGCUUUCAAGUAUAACUCAGAAUGUUUCCAUGGACUCUUUAAGCUUUUGUGGAACUAAACACCAUGUAUUUACCUAAAGGCAAUCUGAAAAUUUUGUGGUACCAGCGUUUGAGGUAUUACAAAAUAUUACAUGGAUCCAAUAGAUCAUCAUCAUCUGUACCGAGACAUAAUUCCCUUAAUAUUCAAAUGCUGUCUCAGAAACUUCAUGAGCAUAUCUUUAAAACUCCCCCUCAACCAACUAGUUCAAAUGAAAUAAAAAAAGUUGAAGCUCAUCUUAAAAAGCAUGGACUUGCUGGAAAGACAACUUCAUCAUCCCAACUGCCUGAAGUUGAUCUUAAACUUCCUCCUCUUUUUGGUAAAGACAUAAAUGAGCAUUUUGUACAAAUUGCUAAUGAUCAAUUAGCUGUGUACAAAUCACUAAUUGAAGAAUUAGCAUAUGGGCAAUUACCAACCAUUCCCACGAAAUGGCAAUUUAAGAAAGGUUGGACUAAAUAUAAUGCUGAUGGUUCAUUUGAAAGUGUAACAUUCCCUGAAGACAGAGGUCUCGUCUUUGACAUUGAAUGUUUAAUGUCAGAAGGGAAUUAUCCUACCAUGGCAACAGCUGUCUCUCCUACACAUUGGUAAGCACUGAAAUAGUGAUGAUUUUUCCUUUCUCACUUUUAAAGGAGGUUCAAAUAUAUUUUUAUAAGAAUAAAAAAAAACAUAUAAUUUAUAUUUUAUUGUCCUGAUGAAAAUUUUUUAAAUAAAAUAAUUGAGGCCAUGAAAAAUUGUUCAAAAAAUUUCAAAGCAGCACUAUUUAAUUUAAAAUCUCAAUAUAAAAAUUUGAGGGGGUUGGGGGGACAAGAUAUUUCCAAAAGUGUUGACUUAAGAUGAUGAAUAAAGUAGAAAAUUUGAAUCUGCCAUGCAACAACAUAUGCCAUGCAGGAUAUGUACUCUGCUAACCAAAUAUUUUAUUUGAUCUUUCAUUAGGUAUUCAUGGGUCAGUGAGUUUGUUAUCCAAGAUAAAUUUCGGUGGAUUAGUGAACCAAAAAUUAAAGAUUUGAUACCCCUGGAGACUCUCCCUGAUUCAAUUGCUCCACCUACAGGGAAAUGGCUGCCUCGCCUCAUCAUAGGACAUAAUGUGGGGUUUGACAGAUCAUUUGUGAAGGAGCAGUAUCUAAUUGAGGUAGCAUCAUUUAAUUAAGGCAAGGGAAUAAAAUAUUGGUAAAACCAUAGUUUUAAGCCCAUGUGCUCAUGUUAUUGCAGCAGGCGUUAGUUUUCUUGAAAAGAUUAGUUCAUUCAGUUGCGGUAACGCUGUUUUAGUGUAAAGUUGAGAUCAGUUAAUUCAAUAAAUAAACAAGCAUCAGUUAAUAAAAUCUGAACUAUGAUUGUUAUUUUGUUCGACUUGUCUUUGAAUUGAUUUUUAUUUAAAGGGCACGGAGCUGCGAUUUUUGGACACUAUGUCAAUGCAUAUUGCUGUCUGUGGCCAAACCAGUUUCCAGAGACUCUUGCAUAAAGCUGGAAGUAAUGGAAGUGGAAGAAAGGAAAUUUUUGAACAUAAAACUAGACAGAAAUUAUUUAAUACUGCCACAGUGAGUUAUAUAAUGUGUUUAAUACUGCAACAGCGAGUUAUAUACCGUAUUUAAUAUUUAAAUUUCUCAGCAAGUCUAAAUUAAAUUUUGUGCAUGCAUGUUUAUGUAUUUUUGGCACUUUAAUAUGAUUUCGCAUAUUUUUGUUACCUAAUCAUAUAGAUUUAAAUUUUUGUUAAUAUGUUACUUGAAACUUUUAAUUCCAGGAUCUGGAUUAGUAUUACUAUAUAUAUUUCUAUAAUAUGAAAUCACCUGAUAUAUGUGACACAUUUACUUUUCCCUUACUUUUAGAUAUCUGCUCUGUACUGCAGACUUUCUCAUAUAUUUAUUAUUUUAAAAGGAAAUUUGAAUUGAACAAUAAAGAGAAUUUAUGUCUUGUGUCAUCUAUGUCAUUAUUGUUUGGUAAUCAUCUGAUUCUCAGAGCCAAGAAUGGAAAAAAGUGAGCAGCAUGAAUAAUCUGCGUGAUGUCCACCAGCUCCACUGUGGUGGAGAGCUACUGGAGAAAGAAAAGAGGGAUGUUUUUGUGAAUGGGAAUAUGUCUGAUGUCAGAGAACAGUUUCAAGUGAGUUGUGCCUCUGUGCUUAUAUUUAAUUGGUUUUGGAGAUUGUGUAACAUGGUCGCUCCAGCUUUUUAGUUAAUGAACAAGGAUUGAAACAAUUCAGUUGUAUGCAACUGCUUGCACUGUAUUGGGGAAAAAUCUUUUCUAUAGCGUUGUCAUGUGGUAUGGACUGUGUGCUACACAUAGACUCUUGAAAAUGUUGGGCACAUAUUCAAAUUCUUGCCUGAAUUAAGUCUCACUUAGAGGAUAUUGGAAAAUUAACUUAUGUUGUUUUUUUUUCCUUAUACACUCAUGGUAAUGAAAUAUUUUAAAAUUUUAAUCAAUAAGCCAUUUUAUACCUUUAACAUACCAUACACAACCAAAAGGGAAAAAAAAGGGGCCUAAUUAUUUGACUUGUAAUUCAGUUCAACUUGCAUGCAAAAUGAAAAACUUAAAAAUGCUUGUAAAUCUCUGUUUGAGAUUAUUUUAAACUUGUUUGCUUCUUGUAUUCCAGAAACUACAAUAAUAAAUAUGGCUUGAUAUAGUGUUUCAGAGAAAAAAACUUUAUUAGAGAAAGGGUUGAGAAACAAUUUCAACUAUUAUUAAAAUAUUCUAAAAUUAACUUUUGUUGCUCACAGCAAUUGAUGGCUUACUGCGCUGACGAUGUUAAAGCAACAUAUCAGAUUUUUGCCAAACUUUGGCCUGAAUUUCAAGAAAGGUAAACUUUACGAUGAAGCAAUUAUACGAAAAAUAAAAUCAUGCGUGAGAUAUUCUAGGAAAAACUUGUGAUUAGAUUUUAAAACAAGAAACAUAAAUCUAAUCAACUUGGUUUAAGGUGAAACUAAGAUUCACAUCAUUAAAACCAGGACAUAAAUCUAAACAACUUGGUUUAAGGUGAAACUAAGAUUCACAUCAUUAAAACCAGGACAUAAAUCUAAUCAACUUGGUUUAAGGUGAAACUAAGAUUCACAUCAUUAAAACCAGGACAUAAAUCUAAUCAACUUGGUUUAAGGUGAAACUAAGAUUCACAUCAUUAAAACCAGGACAUAAAUCUAAUCAACUUGGUUUAAGGUGAAACUAAGAUUCACAUCAUUAAAACCAGGACAUAAAUCUAAUCAACUUGGUUUAAGGUGAAACUAAGAUUCACAUCAUUAAAACCAGGACAUAAAUCUAAUCAACUUGGUUUAAGGUGAAACUAAGAUUCACAUCAUUAAAACCAGGACAUAAAUCUAAUCAACUUGGUUUAAGGUGAAACUAAGAUUCACAUCAUUAAAUGCAUUUAAUUUCAAACAUAUCACUUAUAAUUAGAAUAAGUCCAAAGCUAAAUUCAAUCAAGUUUUUAUUAAAUUAAACAAAUGUACCCUUAUCUGCAAGUAUGAUGAUUGAAAAUAAAUAUUUCAGGUUUCCUCACCCUGUGACAUUGGCUGGAAUGCUUGAGAUGGGCUCAGCUUUCUUACCUGUAAAUGACGCCUGGCCGAGAUACAUUCAAAAUGCUAACAAUACUUACAUGGAGAUGGAGAAGGAGUUGAAAAAAUUACUCAUGGGCUUAGCAGAUGAAGCUUGCGGUCUUCUUCAUAAUCAAGAGUUAGUUUGACCAUACAUUCUAUUAUAUCUAUUUUUACCGUCACACUUAUAUUUAAAUUCAUUGACUGUAUUGGGAUCUGCUUAAAGUUUGUGUUUCGACUAAAGGAAACUUGAUGAACCAACUAGUGUCUCUUGGAUGUAAGUCUACAAGUUUAAUAAUGAUUUACUUUAUUUUAAAGUUAUGAAACAUUUUUUUUUAAUAUCCCUUUCCAAUACGCCACAGACUAUUUUAAGUGUUGUUCUGUUAAAUCUGUAUCCCAAGGUACAAAAAUGACCCGUGGCUUUGGGAUCUGGAAUGGAAGCUAUCAAAGUUUCGUCUCAACAAAUCUGCAACAAAUAAUAGGACUAUAAUUGAUCCGUUUGCUAAGUCUGAGACUAAAAAUAAUCCAUACCCAGAGCCCAUGUUGUUUCAGGAGGUGAGUUGUGAUAAUUUUUUAUGCCAUGUUUCCAUAUAUUAUGGUGUAUAAAUAACAAUUAAAGUUAGGCAUUGGCAUUAUGUGCUGAUUUUAAAAACAUAUAACAUCUUAUUAGACUUGCACACUGUAGGUCAGUUUAUAUAUGUGUUAUGGUGUAGUCUGCGCACGCACGUUUAAACAAUUUAUCAUUUAUUGUGUACAUACAAACAAUAUUACCAGUACCGGUAUGCCUUUUGAACCAAAUCUGUUUCAUGAUACGAUUGUGCAUCAUAUUUGGCCAUAAAACGAGUAAUGUAGGAGAUGCGCCCCGUUGGCGAGAUAUUAGCACAGUUAUAUCAGUUUAACCACAGUUCAUUUAAAAAAAUAUUAUGGAACAAGAUUAACAGAUCCCUUUAUACGUGGACAGGGCAUUUUAGGGUUAGUUUUCAAACAAAAUUUAUAGUUCACAGUAUGCAUAGAUCACAUAAUACACAAUAAUAUGCAGUACAUGUUAAUUCAUGAAUGGAAAGGCCUUGCUUCGCAACAUUGUGAAAUAAAACAGUUAUACCAUAAACAUUAACAAGAAUUUGAAAAUAUAUCAUUUUUGUUCAAGUGAAAAUAACUUCACUGUAAUUAAUGAAUUCAAUACAAAUAUCGCUUAAUGUCUUAAUAUUAUAACAGGGAGGCAAAGAAGCAUUUCAAGAAUACCAGGAGGUUGUGAAAAAAACUUAUGCUGCUGUUGCCAGAGUGCCUAAGAACCCAGUUUUUAUGGCAGGAUACCCAUCGUGAGUACCAUGAAAUCAAAUAUUUGAGAGCACUUGCAGAUGCACUAGCGCUAUUAAUGUCUUUACAGAGAGAGCACUUGUAGAGGCACUUAUGUUAUUAAUGUCUUUAAAAAGAGAGAGCACCUGUAGUUGCGUUAACAAUAUAAUUUUUUAAAGUUUAAAAAAAAAAAAUAAUGACUUUUUAAAAAUAAUGUAAUUAGAUUAAUAUUGUUUAUAGUUUCAUGAUAGUUAGUCCGUUGAAAGUCAAUCAUGACCAUUUUAAACACCGGCUUGUUGCUGAGGCUGAAUCUGUCUGAGGGUGCACAGAUGGCUGAUCAUGCCAAUUGUGGCACAAAAUGUUCUGGUGCAGAAUGUGCAGAGGAUGGAUGGGACAACUCCAGGUACAGAGUCUUUUGUGUUCUGCUCUGUCAGCCUCAUGUUGCAUUGACUGAGCCCUUGUGUAUGGAAGAUUGCCACAAGUCUUGAUUCUUUGUGGACUGUUUCCACACAUCCGGCUCAUUGUGAAAUCCUUUCAAAGAUUGUUUCAGUGUGUCUUUUAAAGUGUUUCUCCUGUCCCCCAACCUUGCCCUUCUUGAUUGAGUUCACCAUAAAAUAUUCUUUUGGGCAAGCGGUCAUCUGACGUUCUUGCAACAUGGCCCGCCUAGCAAGGCUGGGACUGCAUUAAUAAGAUGUGUAUGUUGGGGAGACCUGUUUGUGCAAGUACCUCAGUGUCUGGGAUAUUGUCCUGCGAGAUGUUGAGGAUUUUUCUGCUCAUUGUGUGAAACUGGGUUAGUUUCCUUGCAAGGCGUUGAUAGACUGUCCAUGUUUCACAUAGCUUUAGAAGCACAGCUGCCUUGUAAACCUUUAUUUUGGUUUGGGUGCUGAUGCCUCUCCUUUUCCAUACAUUCUUAGACAUUUUUCCCAAUGUUGUGCUGGCUCUUGAAAUUCGAAGAUUUACCUCAUCAUCAAAGGUUACACUUUGGGACAGUGUGCUGCUGAGGUAAGAGAAACUGUUAACAACUUUAAUCCUUUCGCCAUUGACUUGGAUGUUGGGCUGGAUGUAAGGUUUUUGUGGAGCUGGUUAGUACAGGACCUCAGUCUUCUUUAUGUUGAUGGUGAGACCAAAGUUUUUGCGGGCAUUCGAGAAGUUUGCAACACUGUGGCAUAUUGGCCUCUUAUUCAGUGUUAAGGUCAUAUUUAUCUGCAUACAAAAAGUCCCUGUAUUUAACCUCAGAAAAUGUUUUAGAGUAAAGAUAUGACAAGCAUAAGGACAACUUACCAUUAGGGCUUGUUAUUUUAAAGUAUUUUGUGUAGCAGUUUAAAAACUAGAAAGUGAUUAAUUUAAUAAACAUUUGUCUUUUAAUCAAAUAAAAGAUUAUUGAUAAUGAUAAACAAAUUAUAUAUAAAGGCUAUCUGAGCAUUUUCACAUGUGUUGAAUACAUUAAAAAACUAGAUUUUAAUCAUCUAAGGGUGUCAAAAAAUUGUGACAAUGUGGUAUGAAGGUGUCUAAAUUUUAAGAAAAACUUUGGUGGUGGGGUAAGGGGUAAAAUAAUUGGGCCAAAAAGUGUGAUGUCAUUAAUGAAUGGCCCCAUAAUAGAUUACUGAUAUGCUGUGUUUAGGGUCAAGUGUAUGUAAGGAGAAAUUUGAAUUGGACUUUUCUGAUUUACUAGACCUUUCAAAGCAUUACAAAUCAAUAUAAGUGUUGUUGUUUUUUUAUUUAGCUGGUACAAAGAUCUUUGUCCUAGACCAACAGAUGAAGAUUUUUAUCCUGGACCGUCACGCAUUAGCACCCAAUGUAGAGCUGCUGCUAAAUUGAUGAGGCUGACUUGGGAAGGUGAGAAAACACAUUUACAAACAGAUAAUUUACCUAAGAAGACCACUCAAAAUAAAGAAGUAUACACAGGUUGAGGAAAACCUGAAGAAAGAUGAUAUAAAAAAUUAUCAAAUAUAUAGGUCAUAAGGAAGAAGAGAAAGGAACUUCACAGUAGUGAGUCAAUAAUGUAAGGGGAUGGAGAGAGUUAUCAAGUAACAACAUAAAAUUCAUGGCAAGUGGGGUCAGGGUCCCAUAAGUGUGUAUCAGUUUGCUUACCAAACUCACCCUUGGUGGUAGAGCUAACAAUUGCUGUAAUGAACACAUCUGUCAAGCCAUUGUGGUCACUUUAAUAUAUAUAUGCUGUACUUGUGAUUUUGUGGAACCAUCUGAUCCUAAGGUUUCUAUGCAGUUAACCAUUCAUGAAGGUUUGAAGUUUUUUCCAAUCUUUCUCUACUGACUGUCAAGCUAAGAGCCCAUUUACCUUCCGUUUUCUUUCCACAUUUUCCUCUUAUCCACCAUCCUUGUUAACCUUACCAAUUCAGUCCUUGCUGUUUUUUUAGGCAUCUUCAAUUUCCCUUGUUUUACUUUAUUUAAUUAAUUUAUUUCUAAUCUUUAUGUUUCCAUUUAAUCUCAUGCAAAAAUUCUUUGAUUUCAUAGGACACUCCUGUAAUUGAAUGUUUCUACCUUUUUCUGUCAACUACAUAUCUAUACAAGCAAAGUUUGUUUGUCGUAUUUUUGCUGUGGUAGGCUUCAUGGCAGAAAUGUCCACUUUUUUUAAUUGUCCUUCUUCAGGUUUUCCACUACCCUGUGUAUAUUUCUUAUUGCUUCAACCUUAUCACCGCAGUCCUCCCUGUAUGCUAAACAAUGCCAAAACUAAAUUUAAAUAUGUAGUAAAAGAGUGUAAUUUCCCUGUCUGUGAUAAAAGGAUUUCCUGUUCAUUACGAUGAAAAAUAUGGAUGGGGUUACCUGGUCCCACAUGCCGAAGAAUUAACUCCAGAUGAAGAAGAGCUCAGAUCUCAAGACACAGCACCGCCAGCUGAACAUAGUUUUCCAUUAAAGUAAGUUAAAAGCAAAGUUGUGGUAAAUGUUCUAAAUGUCUAUAAUGAAAUGAUUAGGAAAAAAUAAUUCUUACAGUAUUUUCUUUUGAAAUCGGGGAGAGUUAUUUAUUAAAACCUUUUAUCACUGCCUUUGUUUGGUAGUUUAUUCUUUUUGACAUAUCUGAGCCAAAUUUUAUGCAAGAUCUACUAAUCCUAGAAGGCAUUCCUAUUGCUGUCCUCUUGGAUAUUACUCUUGUUUGUUUGCUGAAGAAGGCUUUUUGCUGACACGUUCGUUGUUUUGUUGCGUCCUAUUUUCAGGUUUUCCCAUACUUUUUUUUUGCUUACUUCCUUUUACCUAACCUGAUUGCAGUCUUUCCCCAUUAUUGGCUUUUUUUUCUUUUUUUUUUUUUAAAUUUGUUACAUAGCUUAGUCUCUCUGAACCAUUUAAAGUUUAGCAAAUCAUGGAGUUACCAAUUCUGAAAUAUUUUUUUUUUUUAUCGUUUGUUUUUUUUUUGUGUCCUAUUUUCUGUUUUUCCCAUUCUUUUUUUUUGCUUUCUUCCUUUUUCCUUUCCUGUUUGCUGUCUUUCCCCAUUUUUGGCUUUUUUUUCUUUUUUUUUUUUUAAAUUUGAUACAUAGCUUAGUCUCUCUGAACCAUUUAAAGUUUAGCAAAUCAUGGAGUUACCAAUUCUGAAAUAUAUGUAGUUAAUUUAUUAUAUAUUUCUGUGAAUCAGAAAUUUUCGGAACAAACAAACUAUAAAAAUGUGUAUAGACAUAUUACCAUGUUUGUGCCAAGAAAUCCCAAUACCUCAGGCUUAACUAAAGUUGUUGUUUUGACUGGCCAGUGCAGAGGGGCUUUUUUCUAGAACAUCAGGUCUCUGUACUUAUCUUUUUGUCGAAGCCAGUGCUCUCAAAUGUCUCUCCUGUUCAUAAUUUAGUGUUGGGUGGGGGGAGGGGAGUAAGACAGGCAAGGCUGGAGGGAAUGGGUAACAUAACAUUAUCAGUUGCAAUCUCCUGAAAGAGGAAUAAAGCUUGGCUGAGACAUAAAUUCUGGACUAUUUACAUGUUUGCUACACAUCAAAAUGCUUUCCUCUCCCAGUCAUCACUUUCACAUAUGCUGUAUAUUUAGAUUUCACUAUAAAGACUUUGUUUCAGGACAAAUAGAAUGAGCAUUUAAAAUGUACCGGUACACAAAUUAUUAUUAUUUUACUUUUUUUAAUAUAAUUUAAGAGCCUACCUGGCAUUCCUAAAAGAGAACAAACCCAGCGCAUUAAAUGACUGUACAAUUGAGCCAACAAAUCCUAUGGAUUCUCUGGACAGUCAGUUUUUAGAGGAUGGCAUGGAACUUGAAGAGACUUUACCUCACUGGGAAUCAACCCUUGGGAAAAAAACUGUGAGUAAACCAGACAUUUUCUCAUUGUAAUGUCUAACAAACAACUCUUGUUCAUAAAAUUAUAUCAUGCUUAUGGACGCACAAGUAUUUCAGCUUCUGGUUUUUCUUAAAAUUGCCUUUUUAAGUAAGUAGCUUUAGGGAUGAAACAUUUUUGGGUAUGGUAGUAGCUGUAGAGAUCAAACAUUUUGAGAAAGGUAGUAGCUGUAGGGAUGAAACAUUUCUGAUUGUUUAAAAAUUACAUUCAACAGAAAAAGGUUAAAAGACCAACCAAUGGACCACUCGACAUUGGCAUUUCAGGUGUUCGUUUCUGCAAAAUUCCACACAAGGUCACAUGUAGAAUUAUCUUAAUUGAACCUUUUCUCCUGUCCAUUAAUUGAAAACAUACAUUUUAUUUUACCAAAAUUUCAUUAAAUAAAAAAAUUAAAUGUAUUUUUCCAAUUAUUAAAUUUUAUAAAUUUAAUUUUUAUAAAUUUAAUGUUUAUUUUAUAAAUUUAAUGUUUUCCCUCUUAACUUUUUUUUUUAUUGUCGGUUUAUAAUUUUAUUUAAUUUAUCCUUAAUAUGUUCCUAAGUGAAUAAGAACUACGUAACAUAAUUCAAUUAAACAUUUUUUUAUCUAAAUUUAUUCUUUAGGAUGGAGACCAAAAAAGAGUAGGUAAUCCAUUAGCCCGUGACUACUUAUCAAAGGUUGAAGAUGGAACAAUUAGUGCCAGCAUUGGAACAAAUGCCAACAGGAUCUUAAUGUUGAGUCGGAUGUGUUCCUACUGGAAAAAUAACCAGAAGAGGAUCAUGUAACUAGGUUUAUGCACUUAUACAAAAUGACUUUUUUAUGUUGUUAAAAGCAAAAAUUAUGAUCACUGAUGCAGUUACUGGUUGACUUAAUCAUUUUCAAAGUUUUUAGAAGGUUAAUUUUUUUAAAUUAAAAAGUAACAAAGUCAUUUUUUAAAAACUGUUAUUAGCCAUUGAAAAGAAAAUGAAAGGAAAAUGUUUUAUGAAUAAAAACAAAAUUUUGUAGUUAAUUAAAUGCCAACAGUAGCCGAUUUCUACUGGAUUUUCAAGUAUUUUAAGUCAUUAUUAUUUAAAGAUGAUCUUAAAUAUUAUUCUCACCCUGUAAUGGACCAAUUUAUUAUCUUUUAAAUUGUAUUUUUCAGGAGUCAGUGGCCGGUGUGGUUAAAUAGCAAUGAACUUAGUCAAGACAUUACCAGGUGAAGUAUGAUCAGGGGGCUCAGUUGCAUUUACAUCUAACUAGAUUUAGGUAUUAUUUGAGAAAAGAGUGGACUGACAAAUUUUUAAUUUCUUUUUGACAAAAGCAAAUAUUUUUUGCUCUCAUGUGGCAGCCACCCAAAUUAUCACCCUGAUGACCUCUAUGGAGCCAUCAUCCCCCGUAUUGUAACGGCUGGGACAAUCACCAGACGGGCUGUUGAGCCAACAUGGCUUACAGCAAGUAAUGCCUAUGUAAGUCUUGGUUUGGUUUUAUGAAAGUGUCAAUUAUUUAAUGUACCAUUCACUUACAGUAGCGUAUUUAAUUUAUAAAACAUUGAGGGCAUCAAAUGCAUAAGUUAUUGAUUUUUUAUUCUUGGUUGUUUCUUAUUUUGUCAGAAGACAUCCAGCCAAAAUGUCCUUUUAAUUGCCCUGUUUUUCAUUUCAAGCCUAAACGUAUCUUGUUCCAAUAUUUCAUUGUAUUUCAUUUACUGCUCUACAUUUUUUCAUAUCUGAAAUCUGAUUGCUGUGUAGUGAGGCAGUACUAUGUAUUGAUCAUAAAUCAUAAUGUAUUCACAAACAGAAAGAUCGUAUUGGCAGUGAGCUCAAAGGUAUGGUGCAGCCUCCUCCUGGCUAUCAUUUUGUUGGUGCUGAUGUUGAUUCACAAGAGCUUUGGAUAGCAGCUGUACUUGGAGAUGCCUUUUUCAUGAAGGAGCAUGGUUGGUUGUUUUAUAUGGACAUUUGUCACUUUCAAUUUAAUCCAGAUUGCUGGGCCUGGAGUUAAGAGUGUAAAGCCAUCUAUAGCGAAUGAGCCCCCAUGAUGUAUUUUUAGAUGGCUGUGAUUGACGGUGUUAUUUAAAAUUAAAUACUUGCUGGUCUUUUAUCUGAAAUAAUGGGCUAUCUCAUUCUCUUAGUUAGGUUUUUAUGUAAUAUAUUUUAAUUUUGCAUUUAAUGAUACAAGAUUGUGACAUGUCAAAUUCAAAUUUACCUCAAAAUAGAUUGUCCUGGAGUUAUGACAAUGCGUACGAAAAAAUUGAAAGAGCUCAACAUUUAAAAAUCUGCUGUUUCACUUAUAUAAAAGUUGUUAACCAUUUUCAAACAUAAUAUAUAAAGUAUGAAAAUUUGAACUAUUACCAAUACAUAUGCCCAUCCCUGAUCCUAGGAUGUACAGCCCUUGGGUGGAUGACUUUACAAGGAAGUAAAGCAGAUAAAACAGACUUGCACAGCAAGACUGCUGAGAUAGUCAACAUUAGCAGAGACCAUGCCAAGGUACUAGAUUAUAUAUCAAUUGAUAAAAGAUAUAGAACUUCUAACAUGUGUGGCAGGCUGGUUAAGCCAUACACACUUACAAAUUUUCUUUACUUACAAUACCAUAUUUAGACAUUUACCCACCUUACUAAACCAUUUUUAUAAUAAUGAUAAAGAAAAAAGAUGUACUUAAAUUUAGUAACACAUUGACUCGGAUUAGAAAAGAUUUUCAAUAAAUGGAGGAGAAAAAAAAGGGAAAAUGCAUAAUUUCUUUCUCAUAUUUGUUUUUUAGUUAUUAUUUUUGGUUGCUUAACUGUCUUUUUAAUAAGUGUUAAAUAAAUAUAAAUAUUAUAAAGAUAAAUAAACCAACAAUUUUUUUCUGUAAUUCUCAGGUUAUGAAUUAUGGUCGAAUUUAUGGUGCAGGUCAGACUUUUGCAGCAAGGUUGUUAAUGCAGUUCAAUCCUCAGCUAAAUCCUGAAGAAGCAAAUCGACUAGCUAAGGACAUGUAUAAGAAAACUAAAGGACAAAGAAAGUUAGUUCUUUUAAAUAUUUUUAAAAAUUAAAUAUUAAGUGGUCAGCGCGUUAAACUAUGCUCAGUGCAGCUUUCAUACAUCUUUCGUUACAUAUUUAAUAAAUCUUAUGUAACUCACACAAUACCAAAAAUUUGGAAAACUUCAGAAAUCAUACCCAUUCCAAAGAAAAAUAAGGUAACUUGCAACAACGACUUACGACCUGUUGCACUUACCACUAUCAUAAUGAAAUGUUUUGAGAAACUUAUUCUGAGACAAAUUUUGAAUGAAGUACAGCAAAAACUUGACCUUCACCAAUUUGCUUAUAAACCUGCCAGAAGCACGGAGGAUGUUAUCUUACUAUUAUUGGAGAGACUAUUCCAUCACCUAGACAACCAUCAAAAAUAUGCUAAGAGUGCUUUUCCUAGACUUCUCAUUCGCAUUUAACACUAUUCAACCACACCUUAUGAUAAAGAAACUUUCCUUGUUUGGUGUAAAUUUAAACAUUCAAGCUUGGAUACUGAACUUUUUAACAAAUCGCCCACAAUAUGUCAAGGUAAUAUAACCAAUUAUCUCUGACCAGAGAAAUAAGCACCGGGGCACCACAAGGCUGCAUUCUCUCCCCUGUGCUGUAUACAAUAUAUACCAAUGAUAGAGCUCAAGCGACACUGUUCCAUUAAUAACAUUUGCUGAUGAUACCACCAUCGUUGGCUUAAUAUCUGAAGGAGAAGGCCUAUACCGCAACUUAGUUACAAGCUUUAACAAUUGCGAUGAAAAUUUUCUCCAGUUGAAUGUCUCAAAAGCAAAGGAAAUGGUUGUUGAUUUCAGGAGGGGGACACACCAGAUUACAGAUCUCAACAUAAAAAAUCAAAGUGUAGAGAAAGUAGAGGCAUAUAAAUACUUAGGUGUCGCCAUCAAUAAUAAGCUAACAUGGCAUGAGCAUGGCCAAAUACUGUAUAAGAAAUUCAAACAAAGACUGUUUUACCUCAAAAAACUAUAAUUUCGGCGUAAACAAACAAGUCGUUAACUUAUUCUACAGUGCAACAAUUGGAAGCCUACUUAAUUUCAGUAUUACCUGCUGGUGUGGGAAUUCAACGUCUGGUAUUAAACACCGCAUAAACGGACUAAUCAAGAAAGCUAGGAACAUAACACAAACUAAACAUCCUUCACUUGAAGAACUAUUUGAAGGAAGAUGUUAUAGUAAAAGUAAACAAAUUUUGAAUGAUACAUCCCACCCUCUUUUUCACAGAUACUUAGGAUCGGCCCAUUCGGGAUGCAUUCUUUCUCACAGGACGAGGACUGAAAGAUAUAAAAAUUCUUUUGUUCCCCAAUCUGUACAAAUUUACCAGCGUGCUGCCCCAGAAGUCACAAAACUAAAUGAGAACUAAUAAGUCCCUGAUAUAACUAAGAGAGUUCAUUGAAUGGCUGUUUUUUUCACUAGUGAAAUAAUUUAAUGUACAUGUCUUGCGUUCAAAUUGUUUUAUUUAUGUGCUGAAAAUGUAAAAUGCAAUCAAAAAACAUUUCCAUUUGUUUGGAUCAAUGAAAGAAUCUUAUCUUAUCUGAUCUUAAAAUUAUUUUUUAAAUUAUCCAGUUAUCAUAUAUUCUUAAGAUUCUUUUUUCCCAAAUAGAGCACAGCACUGUUGAUUUGUUAAGACCUCUUUUUAAACCUAUGAUUUAAAGUGUUUUUUCUUUUUUAAUAUAAAUUUUCUACUAUUGAUUAUAAGACAACAAAAUUAUCUAAAAUCUAAAAGUUUCUAGGUUUAAAUAGUACAGCAAUUAAUACCGGUAUAUAGUUAAAUAAAUAUUAAUAAAAUAAACAGAUUUUUUAAUCGAUUAUUAACAUCCCAUUAUUCACUUCACAAAAUUUGGAGGGUUUUAACUAGCAUGUUUAGUUUUCUUGCAAUGAAUGUGUACUAUUGUGGGUUUUUUUAGUCUUCAAAAAUUAAACUUCAUAUUCCAUUGUUGAAUUGAAAGAUUCCCUUACAAAGAUAUCAUUUUUUUCUUAUGCGCCAUAUAAAUCAUUAACUUAAAAAAUGAAGAAUUAAGUUAGAUAUGUUAAUCUGUUGAGAUAUUAUUUUUGUUUAUUCAUUGGUCAAUUAUCAUACUCAAAAAUAAUUCCAGAGCUCUGGUUAUGUUAUGAAUAAAAUACUGCACAGAGUUGAUUUCUUUUUUUAAAAAUCUGAGAAAACUUUCAAUUCUGAAAGUAUUCUUGGUGAAUUAGUUAUAGUACCACUGCCUGAAAUUCAGCAUCUUGCAUUUUACUUUUUUUUUCUUUUUUUUUAUGUCUGUUUAAUCUGAUAUAAUUUGUGUCAUUUCCCUAGAAGUCAAUAUUUUUUUUACCCAUUACUUUCAUGUUAGUUUUAAAAUGAUUUUAUACAAAAUUCAAUCAUGACUGAUUUUAUUUUUUACAGUGCACAGAAACAGUGGAUUGGUGGCAGGUGAAAUAUAUUUUAUUUAUUUUGAAUAGGGCACAUCAUCCUUAUAUGACAUAUCAUAAGUUGUCCAUUCUGGAAAAAUAGGUUUUUAUUUCUCCUAAAUAAUUAGAAAAUUAGUGGAUUGGUGGCAGGUGAAAUAUAUUUUAUUUAUUUUGAAUAGGGCACAUCAUCCUUAUAUGACAUAUCAUAAGUUGUCCAUUCUGGAAAAAUAGGUUUUUAUUUCUCCUAAAUAAUUAGAAAAUUUUAAAAAUUCCAAUUGCUUAUCUCAUCAAUAAUUUGUAUACAUUUACUUUUUUUUAUUGCUUAAAGAAUGGUUAUCAUCGCCACAUAUUUUGUACAGAAAUUCAUUGGAAGAAAAAUUGUUUGAUGGAAAUUUUUGGGAAACUGAAGUUUGUUCAAAAUGAAAUAGUGGGUAAAAAAACAGCAAAAAUAAAUUUUAUUAAAAAGUUUACAUUUUCCCCAUUUCUUACUUGCACUUUCCCAUCAAAAACAUUUUAAAAAUAAAAUUCCAUUUCACAAAUUCGAACAAACUUCAUUUCUACUAACAAAUUUCUUUCAUACACAUUUUCAUUUCAGAAACAGAAAUAUUUUUAUGCAUAAAAAGUUGAAAUAUUUUAAAUACUAUAAAUUAUUCAAAAAAAUCCAGUGAAAGUUAUAUGUUCAAUGCCCUGGAAACUGUAGCCAACUCGGAAAAGCCAGUGACUCCUGUGUUAGGUUGUCGCAUCAGCAAAGCCUUGGAGCCAUGUUUUGUUCUAGAUGAUGUAAGUUAAAUAAGAUUUUUGGCUAAUUAAUAAUUGGUCAACUAUUGAUGCCAUUGAUGCAAUAGGCCUUCUAAAAAAUGUAGCUAUUGAAUUUAUCUUAAACUAUAUCCCUUUGUUUAUGUUGUCAUUUUUCUUAAAACAACACACAAAAUAAACCUCAAAGGAAAACCUAAGUUUGUGACCCAAAUAAGAUUACCUCUUCCAACAGUUUCUGACUUCACGUGUCAAUUGGGUGGUCCAAAGUUCUGCUGUGGAUUAUCUCCAUCUGAUGCUAGUGUGCAUGCGUUGGCUGCUUUCUACUUACAAGAUCAAAGGACGGUUCUGUGUGAGUAUCCAUGAUGAAGUACGCUACUUGGUUAGUAGUCCUGACCGCUACAGAGCAGCUUUAGCCCUACAAGAGACCAACCUCCUGACACGUUCUAUGUUUGCCUACAGAUUGGGUUUAAAAGAUUUGCCCCAGGUAGGUAGAGAAAUUGUAUAUGGUACUAAUUAAUUUUUUUACAGCAUUGUGGUAUAGAAGAAAGAAUACUGCAAUAAAAACGUAUUUAUUUUUUAUUAUGCAUUGUAACCAUAUAACUUGACUGUUUCCUUGUUCUCAUCAUAUAUACAUUUUCUUUAGUCAGUGGCGUUUUUUAGUGCAAUAGACUUAGACACUUGUCUCCGUAAAGAAGUAACAAUGGACUGUAUCACACCAUCUAAUCCUCACGGCUUACAGCAGAGCUACAAUGUUUCACCAGGUAUGAGCUUGUUCAAACAUUGACUGGGGUGUCAGAUGCAACUCGUUUAAUAUGUUUUACACCACUUUAAAUAAAGAAUUCUUCUGAAUCACAUCUUAUAUUUUCAUUUAAAUUUGCUAUUAUUUUAUCUUAUUAUAUGUCAGAACCAGCAAUUUGUAAAUUUCUGUUCAAACAUUUCGGUGAUGUAUUGCAUGGUAUUUUCAGUAUCAAUCUAAUCCAUCGAAAUUUUUUUCCGCAGGUGAAGCUCUCAAUAUCUAUGAAAUCAUUGAUAAAACACAGGGAAGACUAGAACCCACUUCAAAUGUAUAAAAUAAAAUCAGUAAUUUCUUAUGAUUUUCACUUUUAGAUAUUUUUGUACACAAUGUAUCAUUUUCACUAGCCUUUCAAUAAUUGUUCAUACAUUCAUUGUUAAUGAAGUGACAAGAAAU